UGAUGGUUUCCUCACUCUUCGGCUUUCUCAAUCCCACCUCUGACGCGAACACAAAGCAUUGCUGCGUCUCUCUCUCUCUCGUCUCCCAGUCAACAGAAGUCAAGGCCGUGUUCCGCUUCCAUUUGAGUCGGCGCCGCGAUCACGGCCAUGGAGGGGUGCGACGGUGGAGGCUCUCUCAUAUCGCCGGUGACGGAACAUUUUUCGAAUCUUUCGGUGGGUGGCGAUGAGGAAUCGAGUGCCGAAGAGCAGAGGACGGAGAAGGACCCGAGAAAAAUAGCGAGGAAGUAUCAGGCCGAUCUCUGCAAGAUUGCUUUGGAGGAGAACAUUAUUGUAUAUCUGGAAACAGGUGGUGGAAAGACUCACAUUGCUGUGUUGCUAAUGCAUGAGAUGCGCCACUUGAUAAAGAAGCCCCUGAAGGAGAUCUGUGUGUUUCUUGCUCCUACGGUGCCUCUGGUUCAGCAGCAAGCAAAGGUGAUACAGGACGACACUGAUUUUAAAGUGGGGGCAUAUUGUGGAGGUUCAAAGCGCUUGAAGAGCCAUCAAGAUUGGGAAAAGGAGAUGGAAGAAUAUGAGGUUUUUGUUAUGACCCCACAAAUACUUUUGCGCAAUUUAUGCCACUGCUUCAUAAGGAUGGACUCGAUUGCACUUCUGAUAUUUGAUGAGUGCCACUAUGCGCAACUUGACAGCAAUCACCCUUAUGCUGAAAUCAUGAAAGUCUUCUACAAACUCGACAGGACAAAACUUCCCCGCAUAUUUGGAAUGACUGCCUCUCCAAAGUUGGGGAAAGGUUCUUCAAUCCGUACUCUUGAAUCCUUACUUCAUGCUAAGGUUCAUUAUGUUGAGGACAGAAAAGAGUUGGAAAAAUUUGUGGCAUCUCCCAAGUUUAAAAUAUAUUAUUAUAGUCGUGCUGUGAACAGUUCAUCUUGUCCUCUUGAGAUUUACUUGAGGAAACUUAAGGAUAUAAAGCACCAGUGUUUAUCAACACUAAGCAGGAAAACUAUAGAUCAUGGGAGCCUUAAGAACAUGAAGAAGAUGCUACAGAGAUUGCAUGAUAAUCUGAUAUUUUGUCUGGAAAAUCUUGGCCUUUUGGGAGCAUUUCAGGCUUGCAAAAUUCUUAUGAGGGGUGAUCGCUCAGAGAGAAAUGAAUUGAUAGGAGCAGAAGAAAAUGGUGGCGAUGAUUCGCUAUGUAACAGGUAUAUCUUGCAGGCUGCCUCAGUCUUUGAUGGCAUUUGUACGAAAGUAAAUUCCAGUUCUAUUCGUGUAGAUGGUGUUGAAGCUGACUUAUCCCACAAUGAAGCUUUAGGGGAACCACUUUUCUCAAGGAAGCUUUUACUACUUAUUGAUGUUCUAUCCACCUUUAGGUUGCAACCAAAUAUGAAAUGUAUAGUCUUUGUGAACAGGAUUGUAAUUGCCAGAGCCUUGUCAUACUUAAUUCAGACCAUUAAGAUUUUAUCAUCUUGGAAGAGUGAUUUUCUUGUAGGAGUCCACUCAGAACUGAGGAGCAUGUCUCGGAAAACUAUGCAUUCCAUUCUUGAAAAGUUCCGGUCUGGUGAGCUGAAUUUAUUAGUUGCAACUAAAGUUGGUGAGGAAGGACUUGAUAUUCAAACAUGCUGCCUGGUUAUACGGUUUGAUCUUCCAGAAACUGUCUCUAGUUUUAUACAGUCAAGAGGUCGUGCACGCAUGCCGCAAUCUGAAUAUGCAUUUUUGGUGGACAGGGGCAAUCCGAAGGAGAUGUAUCUAGUAGAAAAAUUUGAAAAGGAUGAAGAAAAAAUGAAUGAUGAAAUUGCAUCUGAAAGAUCUCAUGUGGAGAUUGUUGACUUCAAUGAAACGAUAUACAAAGUAGCUUCAACUGGUGCCACCGUCAGUUCUGGAUAUAGUGUCUUAUUACUCCAUCAUUAUUGUUCUAAACUUCCACAUGAUGAAUAUUUCCACCCAAAGCCGGAAUUCUUCAACUUUGAUGAUGAACAAGGGACAUUCUGCCGACUAAUUCUUCCUUCUAAUGCUGCAAUUCAUGAAAUUACCAGCUCACCACAAUCUUCAUCAGAAGCUGCUAAGAAAGACGCCUGUUUGAAAGCAUGCAAAGAAUUGCAUAAAUUGGGUGCCUUGUCUGAAUUUCUCUUACCAGGUCAAGAUGAUGCAAAUGAGGAAUUGGUGCAAGACUUUUCUGAUUCAGACAGCUGUGAUGAUGAAACUUCAAGACAAGAAUUACAUGAGAUGCUUGUUCCUGCUGCACUUAAAGAACCAUGGACUGAUGCAGAGGCUCCUGUUUGUCUUCACUUCUAUUUUAUAAACUUCAGUCCUAAGCCAGUAGAUAGGAUUUAUGUGAAGUUUGGUCUUUUUGUGAAAGCACCUCUCCCAGUAGAGGCUGAAAGAAUGGAGCUCAAGCUAUGCCUGCCACGUGGCAGAUUAGUGAUGACAGAGCUUGUUCCAUCAGGUGUUGUGAAAUUUGAUAGGGACGAGAUUCUGCAGGCACAAAAUUUUCAAGAAAUGUUUCUCAAAGUCAUCCUUGACCGAUCAGAGUUAAUUCAUGAUUUUGCUUCCUUAGGCAAAAAUGGUUUUGGUGAUUCCAGCACCUCAACUUUCUACUUAUUGCUUCCUGUCUUUCUACAUGAAUCAGAGAAGACACUGAGUGUAGAUUGGAUGCUUAUUAAAAGAUGUUUAUCAUCACCAAUUUUUACUACUCAAGAGGAAGCUCAAGUUGGUGUCUUUCCUCAUUUAAGCAGCCACUUGGAACUUGCUAAUGGUCCCCACAAUAUUAAUGACGUCAUAAAUAGUUUGGUUUAUGUUCCAUGCAAGGACAGAUUUUUCUUUAUUUCUGAUGUUGUUGCAGAGGAGAAUGGAUACAGCCUGCUAAAAGGUUCAACAAAUCAUAUAGAGCACUAUAUUAAAGUGUUUGGCAUUCAUCUUUUAUACCCUGAUCAACCUCUUCUAAAAGCAAAACAGCUUUUUUGUUUGGAUAAUUUACUAAGAAAGAGAGGGAAUUCAGCAGAAUUACGUGAAAAAGAGGAGCACUUCAUUGAAUUACCUCCUGAGAUUUGUCAGUUGAAGAUAAUUGGUUUUUCUAAAGAUAUUGGAAGUUCGUUAUCUUUGCUGCCAUCAAUUAUGCACCGUCUAGAAAGCCUCCUUGUGGCAAUUGAACUGAAGGAUAGGUUAUCUGCUUCAUUCCCUGAGGGUGCUAAGGUUACUGCUCAUCGUGUUCUUGAAGCACUUACAACCGAGAAAUGCAAUGAACAAUUUUCUCUUGAAAGGCUCGAAGUGCUUGGGGAUGCAUUCCUCAAAUUUGCAGUUGGCAGGCAUCUUUUUCUUUUACAUGACACCCUUGAUGAAGGACAACUGACAAGGAAGCGUUCUAAAUUAGUCAACAAUUCCAAUUUAUUCAAGCUGGCAACAAAGGGCAAGUUACAGGCAUACAUACGAGAUCAACCAUUUGAUCCCUCCCAAUUCUUUGCAUUGGGUCGCCCUUGUUCAGUAUUAUGUAGUAGAGAAACAGAGACUGCAAUACAUUGUUCUCAAGGAGAUAGUGAGAAAAAUGUUGUAGACACAGAAGUGAGAUGCAACAAAAGCCACCAAUGGUUGCAUAAGAAAACUGUUGCUGAUGUGGUUGAGGCUCUAGUUGGUGCAUUCAUUGUCGAUAGUGGCUUCAAGGCAGCAACUGCAUUUCUCCAAUGGAUUGGCAUACAAGUUGACUUUCAGGCCUCACUAGUCAGUAAUAUCUGCUCUGCCAGUGCAAUCUUCCUGCCUCUCACUGCUCGUGUGGAUAUUGCUGCACUUGAAACUUUGUUGGGGUAUCGGUUCCAUCAUAAAGGUUUGCUUUUACAAGCAUUCAUUCAUCCUUCUUUCAGUGCCCAUUUGGGAGGCUGCUAUCAGAGGCUGGAGUUCCUUGGAGAUGCCGUUUUGGAUUAUUUAAUUACAUCCUACCUGUUUUCAGUGUACCCAGAACUGAAGCCUGGUCAAUUAACGGAUUUGAGAUCUUUAUCUGUAAACAAUAACUCCUUUGCCAAUAUUGCUGUGCAUCACUCCUUCCACAAUUUUAUUCUGUGUGAUUCAAGUAGCCUAUGCACCUCUAUGGAUAAAUAUGCAGACUUCAUUGGAGCGGUGGCUUCACAAAAUGUUUCCAGGGAAGGACCUAGCUGCCCAAAGGCUCUUGGAGACCUGGUGGAAUCUUCCAUUGGUGCCAUACUUCUUGACGCAGGUUUUGACUUGAACUGUGUUUGGAAGAUAAUGCUUGCUUUUGUGGAUCCAGUCAUGAGCUUUUCCAAGUUGCAACUUAACCCAGUAAGGGAGCUUCAGGAGCUUAGCCAGUUCUAUGGUUGGGACCUGAAGUUUGUAUCACAGAAAAAGGGUGGAACAUUCCUGGUUGAAGCAAAAGUGAAAGGUGAAGAUGUUUGUGCAACCACUUCUUCUUCUAACAUUAGUAGAAAAGCUGCCAGAAGAAAGGCUGCAGGAAAGUUAUUUGGAAUAUUGAAGGCUCAAGGUUACAGAACAAAAACGAAACCGUUGGAGGAAGUUCUGAAAUCAAGCCGUAAGAUGGAAGCCAAACUAAUUGGAUAUGAUGAAGCAGCAAUAGAUGUUACUGCUCCAGAUGCUAUUCCGUUGCAUAACCUUAACUUGCAUGAAGAUUCUAGAAGUCUCUGUGAUGCAAAGGUGCAUCCCAUUAGUGAAGAGCCUAAAAAGAUUUCCCCUUCCAGCAUCAGAUCUACGAGACAUCCCCAUCAUUCACAGGAUCUGCAAUCUAAUUCAACCAUUGGAGAUAGCAGCGAUUUGGACACAGAGACAGGUAGCUCAUGCAACAAAUCAGCAAGGUCACUGUUGUAUGAAAUUUGUGCUGAAAACUGUUGGAAGCCAUCUUUUGAAUGUUGUAAUGAAACAGGACCAGGCCAUCUAAAAGAAUUUACUUUCAAGGUGUCUUUGAACAUUGAAGAAGCCUCGGAAGAGAUUGAGGUGUUUGGAGGUCCUCGUUUGAGGAAGAAAGAUGCGGCAGAAGAAGCAGCUGAAGGGGCACUUUGGUACCUAAAGAAUUCAGGGCACUUGCAUAACUAGAAGUGAGAUUCAUCCAAUCACUUUUUGAGCAAGAUUGGCAUAACCUUUCCUUACAUUUGUACAUGUAAUGAUGUACCAGCUCUUUAUCAUAUAGAUUUAUAGGUGGGGAACUCUUAUAGCUUAAGACCACCAUCAUAUGAACUUAAAUUGUAUGUACAUGUCAACAAUAUCAGACUGCUGCAUUAGCCAAGGCAUUGGCUGUUGCUGUGUAAAUUAAUGUCAGGUUGAAAUAUGGAUGCAAAUUUGAUGGCCCUGACUUGUGACGGAAAUCAAGGUGAUGGGCAGA